ACACUUCCCCUCGAAGCAAAGAAAACCGUUCCCGGAGCAAAAAUUCCCCUGCCAUCCUGACCCUCAAGCUCAACCCUCACUGAGCUCACUCGCACUCCUCGCGCGAAUCCACUGCCCGCGUCUUUCCCCCCAAAUCGAAGCUCCCGGGCUAGCUGCUUCAGGUGUGGGGGUGCUGGAGCUGUUAAUUCGCGCUCGAGUUCGGGAGAAAUCUAGCUCGGAACCGUUGUUUCUGGCUCGCUGCGGUUGGGAUCCGGCUGGAUUCCGGCGAGGGAUUGAAGAGACCGGCCAGUUUUUCAUCUCCGGGCGUCAUUUUGACCGCCAAGCUAUCUAUAUCUAGCCGCCCUCGAGUUCACCUUCAGCUAAAGCAUUCUUGGGUUAUACUACUAGUACAGAAAAUUGCUCCAAUCUGACAAGUUGUUGUGACGGCUGGAGUCAUUCGAAGUAGCUAUUCCACUACGAAAGAUUGCUAGUUUAUACUACUCGCAAUUUUGAGUGGGACAAUGCAUCCCAGGGCUCGAAUCCACGCAGACCCGGCUUUGCAGUUGGACCAAAUCGACUGCUUGCCGGACGCACUUGUCCUGCUGAUCCUGAACAAACUGGAGGAUGUACGCUCCCUCGGUCGCUGCUCUGCAGUGUCGAAGCGGUUCAACGAACUGGUUCCACUUGUCCAUGAUGUGUAUGUCAAGAUCGACCGUGUCGUGACUGCGGAUGGUGAUGCUGAUGAUGCUUUCAACCUCUCUUCUCCGAAGGCCCGGCACAUCUUCUCUCAUUUCAUUAAGCUGAUGCUAUUUACAAUCGUCAAGCCAUUUCACAGUAUGCGCAACCCAAGUGGCACAGGCAGGCCUGUGUUCCCACAGCUCGCGCAACAUUCACCUGUGCAGGUGCUAAAGAACUUCUCUCAUGUCCGGAAUCUUCGGGUGGAGCUCCCCUCAGGGGAUGUUGGGACUGAGGCAGGGGUUUUUCUCAAGUGGCGGGCUAUGUAUGGCAGCACGCUUCAGAACUGUGUGAUUCUUGGCGGUACGCUGGUUGAUCGCAAGACUGUCGCCGUUGGGCAUGAUCCAUCAACGGAGGACAGUGGAAGCAUGCCAGAAUCUUUCUAUACCAACGGAGGGCUGAAACUCCGUGUUGUGUGGACUAUCAGCACUCUGAUUGCUGCAUCGACGAGGCAUUAUCUUCUCCAGUCAAUCAUCAAGGACCAUCCAACAUUGAGAAGCUUAGUUUUGACAGACGCCGACGGGCAAGGGACAAUCUCCAUGGGGAUGGAACAGCUCAAGGAGUUCAGGGAGAACCAGUUGCCAGCCUCAGCAUGUUCCAACCGGACGCAGGUCCCAGCGUGCAGCAUGAAGCUGAAGUAUGCGGCAUACCUCGAGCUGCCUGAUGGCUUGGCAAUGCAAGGUGCAACCUUGGUUGUUAUCAAGCCCUCAGCCGAUGGAACUAGUGGCGGCCACAGCAGUCGGAAGGAAACUGAAGCUUUUGUCUCAGAUGCAUUUGAUGGACCAUUCAAAUUUGCAGCGAAGGCGCUGAUGAAGAGGCGUACCUAUCUUCUGGAGAUGAAUGGGUUCUAGACCUGUUCCUUAAGAGCUGUUCACAGAUAUCUUUCUUGUGAGUGGAUAUCAUGAGUCAUUAAGCUGUAUAAAUUUCUGCUGGAGCAAAUGCAGUCCUGAAUUUUGUGGUUUAAGAUAAAAGCGUUUAAGAUAAAAGCUACAUCUAUAGAUGAUUUCUGCUGCCAUCCUCUUUGUAGGAGUAUCUAUGAAGUGCAGUCUAGCA